AUGGCCAGCACCAUCCUGCCCCUCGAGCUCGUCGACCGCUGCAUUGGCAGCCCCAUCUGGGUUCUCAUGAAGAACGAGCGCGAGUUCACCGGCACCCUGAUGGGCUUUGACGACUAUGUCAACAUGGUUCUCAAGGACGUGACCGAGUACGAGGUCACCCCCGAGGGCAUCACCGAGACUGGUCUUGGCCAGACCCUGCUGAACGGCAACAACAUUGCCAUGCUCAUUCCCGGCGGCAAGGGCCCGCGUGCAUAG